AAAGCCAAAGACGAAAUUAGCUAUGACGCCCAUGUAGGUCCCCAAUAUGCGACCCUACGGACUAGAGAGCUGGAUUUGAAUCUGGACCAAGAGGGGGAGUUAUUGCUGAUACUACUGCUACCUCAAGCGGAGACCAUCGAAUUGCAACUACCUGCGAAUCGCUUAAUUCGCAAGUUGGCGAUAGAGACAUGAUAAUUCGUCGAUAAUUUGUCAAUGAUCCUAGUCAUUCCAGUCAGCCCCAGGUCCUAGCGGCAGCGAAACAUCAAUCGCAGCGCGCGUUCUCUCUCCGAGGCUUCACAAGUACGCUUCGCUUGCGCCAGCUUUUGAAUCCAACCAUCUAGACCCUGGCCCUCGUUCAGAUAAUAUUAAUGGCUGCACAUGUUCCUUUCCUUAUGUGUAUUCCAUUUCGUUACGUCUAGUCCGAUGUGGAAUUCUCGGGGGAAAAAAAAAGACAUAUGGAAAGGAAAGGAAAGGAAAACUGACGUAUGUUACCUAAUUAGGUUCCUCCGGGAGUUGAUCGACACAUACAUGCUCACCCCGGCGACUGUACCAACCCUGCUCGUUGCCAUUCGUACGACGCUAUUCUCGUCCACCAACAUACGCCCAAACGCAGCAUUAUCAGGCACAAACAUACCCUUUCAAACAACAACACCACCACCACAGCAACAACAGCCUCCCCUCGGAACCAGCGACGUAGCCAUGCUAACCGCAGCGCUCGCAAACCCCCAAGCAACCCGCCGACCGCCACCCGCGGCCGAAGAAGUGUGCGCCAUCAAACGCCAAUGCGCCGCGGACAUUUUAUCGCUAUUCCCAGCACCCGCCAUCGCCCAGGCGUUUUUCUGUGGCACCAUACCGCGAGCAACCAAUCAUACUAACCAUCAUCCUACUAACCAUUCUAUUUCUAAUAAUAACGAUGAUAAUGACGAUAAUGAUGACGAUAAUGAUAAUACCGCACUCCUACAGGCCAUCGAAAUGGACCUUCUCGACCCCUUCUCCGACGCGUAUUGUAACAAGCACCUGAUCUUCUCUGUCAUCGAGACUGUGCUUGUGAAACUCCUGCCGGAGUUGGCCGAGAAGGGGGUCAUGGAUUUGAUGGAGGAGAGAGGGGUGGCCGUUUCGUGAUGUACACUAUACUUGCGUACAUAUGUAGUAGUCUGAUGUUUGGCAUAAUGAUAUGAAUUCUU